CCGCCCGAGUUGGGCGGUGCGCUUCUCGCGAGGCUGCAGGCAGGGCCGGGCCCGACAUGGCGGAAGAGGAAGUGGCCAAGUUGGAGAAGCACUUGAUGCUUCUCCGACAAGAGUAUGUCAAGCUACAGAAGAAACUGGCAGAGACAGAGAAGAGAUGCACUCUUUUGGCUGCACAAACAAACAAGGAAAGCAGCAGUGAGUCCUUCAUCAGCCGCCUGCUGAUGAUCGUGGCUGACCUCUAUGAGCAGGAGCAGUACAGUGAUCUGAAGAUAAAGGUUGGAGGCAGGCACAUCAAUGCUCACAAGUUUGUCCUGGCAGCCCGCAGUGACAGCUGGAGUCUGGCCAAUUUGUCUUCUACCGAGGAGCUGGACCUGUCAGAUGCUAACCCUGAGGUGACAAUGACAAUGCUUCGCUGGAUCUAUACGGAUGAGUUGGAGUUCAAGGAAGAUGAUGUGUUCCUGACGGAGUUGAUGAAACUGGCUAAUCGGUUCCAGCUCCAGCUCCUUGGGGAGAGAUGUGAGAAGGGUGUUAUGUCUCUGGUGAAUGUCCGGAACUGUAUUCGCUUCUAUCAGACUGCGGAGGAACUGAAUGCUAGCACACUGAUGAACUACUGUGCAGAAAUUAUUGCAAGUCAUUGGGAUGAUUUACGAAAGGAGGACUUCAGCAGCAUGAGUGCCCAGUUGUUGUACAAAAUGAUCAAAUCUAAGACUGAGUACCCCUUACAUAAAGCUAUCAAAGUAGAGAGAGAAGAUGUGGUCUUCCUUUAUCUAAUUGAAAUGGAUUCACAGCUCCCUGGGAAGCUGAAUGAAGUGGAUCAUAACGGGGAUCUUGCUUUGGAUCUAGCGCUUUCACGACGACUAGAGAGUAUUGCCUCCACGCUGGUUAGUCACAAAGCUGAUGUGGACAUGGUGGACAAGAAUGGCUGGAGCCUGUUACAUAAAGGAAUCCAAAGAGGAGAUCUUUUCGCUGCCACUUUCCUCAUUAAGAAUGGGGCCCUUGUCAAUGCUGCUACAUUGGGUGCCCAGGAGACACCACUGCACCUUGUGGCAUUGUACAGUUCAAAGAAACACUCAGCAGAUGUGAUGUCUGAGAUGGCACAGAUUGCAGAGGCCCUCUUGCAGGCUGGUGCCAACCCCAACAUGCAGGACAACAAGGGCAGGACUCCCUUACACUUGUCCAUCAUGGCCAGGAAUGAAUAUGUGUUCAAUCAGUUGCUGCAGUGUAAACAAUUAGAUUUAGAACUGAAAGACCACGAGGGCAGCACAGCUCUGUGGCUUGCAGUGCAGUACAUCACUGUGUCUUCCGACCAGUCUGUAAACCCCUUCGAAGACCUCCCUGUGGUAAAUGGAACUUCAUUUGAUGAAAACAGCUUUGCAGCCAGACUCAUUCAGCGUGGGGGCAACACCAACGCACCUGAUACGGUAACAGGAAAUUGCUUACUACAGCGGGCAGCUGAAGCAGGAAAUGAGGCAGCAGCUCUUUUUCUGGCGACCAAUGGUGCCCACGUCAACCACAGAAACAAGCGGGGAGAAACCCCGUUGCACACAGCCUGUCGGCAUGGCCUGGCUAACCUCACUGCAGAGCUCCUGCAGCAAGGUGCCAACCCAAACCUGCAGACGGAGGAAGCUCUGCCUUUGCCAAAGGAGGCUGCAUCCCUGACCAGCUCAGUGGACAUGGUCUAUCUGCAGACGCCGCUGCACAUGGCAAUUGCCUAUAAUCAUCCAGAUGUGGUCUCUGUCAUCCUGGAGCAAAAAGCUAAUGCUCUUCAUGCCACCAACAACUUGCAAAUUAUUCCGGACUUCAGCCUCAAGGAUUCCCGAGACCAGACUGUGCUGGGCCUGGCAUUAUGGACGGGCAUGCACACGAUCGCAGCCCAGCUACUGGGCUCCGGGGCUUGCAUCAACGACACCAUGUCAGCGGGGCAGACCUUGCUGCACAUGGCCAUGCAGCGGCAGGAUAGCAAGAGUGCACUCUUUCUCCUGGAGCACCAGGCGGACAUAAAUGUCAGGACCCAGGAUGGGGAGACAGCCCUUCAGCUGGCCAUCAGAAAUCAGCUUCCCCUGGUAGUGGAUGCCAUAUGCACCCGAGGAGCUGACAUGUCCGUGCCGGAUGAGAAGGGAAACCCUCCACUUUGGCUCGCGUUGGCAAAUAAUCUGGAGGAUAUCGCGUCCACGCUGGUCAGACAUGGUUGCGAUGCCACAUGCUGGGGUCCAGGACCUAGUGGGUGCCUUCAGACACUCCUGCACAGAGCCAUUGAUGAAAACAAUGAGUCCACUGCUUGCUUUCUUAUUCGCAGUGGCUGCGAUGUGAAUAGUCCCAGACAACCCGGUGCUAACGGAGAAGGAGAGGAAGAGGCCAGAGAUGGGCAGACCCCCUUGCAUUUGGCAGCCUCCUGGGGGCUAGAAGAGACCGUACAGUGUCUUCUGGAGUUCGGUGCCAAUGUGAACGCACAGGAUGCAGAAGGAAGAACGCCUGUUCAUGUGGCCAUUAGCAACCAACACAGUGUCAUCAUUCAGUUGUUGAUUUCUCACCCUGAUAUCCACUUGAAUGUACGAGACAGACAAGGGCUAACCCCUUUUGCCUGCGCCAUGACUUACAAGAACAACAAGGCAGCUGAGGCCAUCCUAAAACGAGAAUCUGGGGCUGCUGAGCAGGUGGAUAACAAGGGCCGGAAUUUUCUUCACGUGGCAGUCCAGAACUCUGAUAUUGAAAGUGUCCUGUUCCUGAUCAGUGUCCAAGCUAAUGUGAAUUCCAGAGUCCAGGAUGCUUCCAAGUUGACCCCUUUGCACCUUGCGGUCCAAGCAGGCUCAGAGAUUAUCGUUCGCAAUUUGCUUCUUGCAGGAGCCAAAGUGAAUGAAUUAACCAAGCACCGCCAGACCGCCCUCCAUCUCGCUGCCCAGCAGGACCUGCCCACCAUCUGCUCAGUCCUCUUAGAGAAUGGAGUGGACUUUGCUGCUGUGGAUGAGAAUGGAAAUAAUGCUCUUCAUCUCGCUGUCAUGCACGGUCGGCUCAACAACAUCCGGGUCCUUCUGACAGAGUGCACUGUGGACGCCGAAGCCUUUAAUCUGAGAGGCCAGUCGCCACUACACAUUUUGGGACAAUAUGGCAAAGAGAACGCAGCAGCCAUCUUUGAUCUCUUCUUAGAGUGCAUGCCUGAGUAUCCUCUAGAUAAACCAGAUGCAGAAGGAAACACAGUGCUGCUCUUAGCAUACAUGAAAGGGAAUGCCAACUUGUGCCGUGCCAUCGUCCGGUCUGGGGCUCGCCUUGGGGUGAACAAUAACCAAGGAGUCAACAUUUUCAACUAUCAGGUUGCCACCAAGCAACUUCUAUUUAGACUGUUAGAUAUGCUGUCCAAGGAGCCUCCGUGGUGUGACGGCUCCAACUGCUACGAGUGCACUGCCAAGUUUGGAGUCACAACUCGCAAACAUCAUUGUCGUCACUGCGGACGUCUUCUUUGCCAUAAAUGCUCGACCAAGGAGAUUCCUAUUAUAAAGUUUGAUCUGAACAAGCCUGUGCGAGUUUGCAACAUUUGCUUUGAUGUACUGACUUUGGGUGGGGUCUCUUAGUGAGCCCACAGGAGGGUCCAGGCCACGUCUCCAGUCACCUCCCCAGCAGCUGCUCUGCUCACCAGCCUGACCCCACCCAGAGCAGGAGCUGGCAUUCGUCUUCCUGCAGCAAUAGACUGGAACAGUUAAGGACCAUGGUGUGACAGAUGCCAUUUCAAAUGAUUCUGUAUGAUUGUCAGCGUGUCGGACUGUGAUUGAGUUCAUUAGAUGUCUCACUAAUUGGACCAGGCCAUUUAGCCUAAGUUGUAAAUGUAAUAGGAAUUAAACCGCAUUCUGCUAGCAACAUAGAAGGACACUUCGAAAACCAUUUUCCCUUCCAGUAGCUUAGUGUCCAUCUCAGAGCAUUCAUGAAGUCUUCCUGCCUGGGCGGACUUACUAGGCAGAACCUAACAGUAGGAAGCUGGCGUCUGGCUGCUCCAUGAGAGCUGGCUUUGCUCUAGGGUAAGUGGCUAUGGACUUCUGCACAGUGUUUUCAUAAAGAUGAUAGGAUCCUCU